GAGCGUCACAUGAAUGUUUGACACGCAGCAGGUGCAGACGCAUCACUGUAGGGAUGGAGUUAAAACCUUGUAGCGUCAGUCAAACAGCGGAUUGAUUCACGAACGUUUGAUUUCAUAUAAACUUGAAGUGUGUAGUGAGCUUUAAAGGAUGGAGAGAAGUGGAAGCACAGGCACAGCUAAACAGUACGGAUCUCUGAAUCAGAUUGAGCCCUGCGGGCACGCGCUCAAACAAGCUGAAGAAGAUGUGGUGUCCAUGGCUGAUUCCACCAUCACAGUGGAGGACAUUGAGGGGGAGCUGUUUAAAAUCGAGAGGAUAAAAGAUGUCCUGGUCCGGAAGGAGUCCGAGCUCAGAUAUAUGAUGGACGACAUCCAGUUGUGUAAGGAGAUCACUAGACUCAAAAAGGAACUUCAGAAACUGGUUUCAAUCCCAGACAAAGACAAGUCCAAUGAGGACCGACAGCGCGAGGAAGACCUGCUUCAGCAGAUCCAGAAGCUGGUGGAGACGCGAGACUUUCUGGUGGAUGACCUGGAGUUCGAGAGACUGAGAGAGAGAGAGGAAGAUAAAGAGAUGGCAGAUUUCCUGCAGGCCAAAUUUCCCAACAGGUGCAGCAUGAAACGUCACACUAAGGACAAGAGAAUGACGUCCAGGGCUCAGCAAACCUCAUCUCCUUUCGUGACCAAGACGGGCGUCACACUGCUGAAAGAAUGCUGCGGUUUCACCUGCUCCAUCAUGUAGAUUAACAUUAGCCAGCGGGAAUGUUGCAGUGUUGAGCGGCAUGUAAACCAGCCCUUAGCCCGGUGAUACAUCACAAUAUUUUCAUGCACGCUUUUCACAUUGAGUAUUAUAACAGACUGCAGUGCAUGACUGACCAGCGGAUGUGCAUAUUAUGAAAAAUAAUAUCUUAUGGAAGAAUCAAUCCGAAUGAAGUUUUAUCAGUGUAAUGAGGUGACACUCUGUGUCCAUUUCAACAAUUAAGAAUGAAGAAGGCUUAAAGCAAAAGACUAACCUUAGGCUAAACUCCUCUGAGAUGUUGUUAAGCUGUAGCUCAUGCUUUUAUGAUAUUCUGUUAUAAUAUUGCAUCAGCUGUCGAACCACAAUGAAUGUCACCACGAAUACGUCACGUUGUCCUUGGUUGUUCAUGCGAAGUUGAACAACAGUUUCAAAUGCAGACUCACUUUAGACAACGAGUGUAGGUGUGUGCACAUAAAAGAGAGAGAGAGAGAGAGAUGGGAGAUGGGAGGUAAAGCGAGAGAGAAAGUCAUAUUUUGGAUCACUUGGGACACCAAGUACAUUAAACUGUGUUUAAAAGAGAAUAUACAAUCAAUUUAAUUUAUGCAUUUAAAGUUGUGGAUGUAAACAAGCUCAUCUGAAUCUCCUGUCAUGUUUUGCAUUGUCAAGAGUCUGUAAAAUAAGUAAAAUAUAGAAAAUGUUAAUGACUAUAACAGUACGGGGACUGCCAAAAACAGUUGAGUUUACUUCAGAUCUUUCAAGUUAUCUUCUCCUGUGGCGCUGCUCAGUUUUGACAAAAUAUGACUGUAGAUUGAAAACACAAACACUAUUUAUAAAAGUUUAUUUUAUAAUAGGCCUAUAUCUUUCAUCACUGUUAUGUGUGGUUGGUUCUAGUAUAACGUACAAAUGAUAUAUUUGUGAUGCCUUAUCUUUGAGAUUAUUUUAACUAAGCAGUGGUUAUUUAAAGCAAGAAAAUAUAUAUUUUAUCUUAAAACGAUUGAUAAGAAAUCAAAACUGUGGUGAGAAACGUGUAUUAAUAAGUUCAAAAUAUGCAUACUGUACAUGGGCUUCAAUAUACUGAACAUGUAUUAUGUGAUUUGAUUGUGCAGAAUUAUAUUUGUGCGAAUGCUUCUGUUGUGGUUAUAGAUUUUCAUGCAUCUAAAUGAUAUUUUUCCACCAAUUAAUGUAAAUAAACUGAAUGAACCAAUGUUUCACUUUAUUUUAGUGCACAGAAGACACCAGAUUCUCUAGAAUUAUAAUAAUGAUGUUU